AUGAAACUUUUUGUAGUCAUUAUAUUUGUUCUAUUUAUUUUGUUAAAGAGAUAUAAAUGUUUAAGUAAGAAAAAGAACAGGUGUCAUUAUUUUAUUAAUAGGGAUACUUAUUAUUUAAAAAAAAAAAAAUGCAAAAGGAAAAUACUCAAAUGUAAAGUUGAUGGUAUAGAAUAUAAGGUCCAUGAUUUAGACAAAUCAAUUAAUUUUUAUACAAAUGUAUUAAAUUUUAAAGUUAAUAAAAAGGAGAAGGAUAAUGCUCAGUUGAUAUUAGGAGAUGAUGGGGCUUAUAUAAAAUUAAUUCAAAAGGGGGAGGGAAAUUUUACUAUAGGAGAACAUUCGUUUCUGGGGCUUGGAGUACACUUAAAAAAUUUCGAUAUUAACAAGACUAAGUUGUAUGAAGGAAAGAUUGAUGAAGAAAUAGAUAAGAGGCCAGUUACACCGUGUAUAUUACCAGACGAAGAUGCUCAGGUACGGAGAUUUUGGACAAACUGCUUUAUAACUGACCCUGAUGGUUAUGGAAUUGAAGUAGUUUUGCAAAAUGAGAGCGACAAAUUAGAUAGGAUUCGUUUUUUUACUACGUCAACAAAAGAUGCUCAAAAGUUUUAUUCGGACAUUUUGGGAAUGCAGCUUGUAAAAAUACAAAGUCAUUUAGAAGAAAUUUCGUACCCCUGGAAUAUAUACGGAGGUAUGAGUUAUUAUUUCUCUUCUGAAAAUAAUUCGACCAUACUACAGAUGGCUUAUGCUUACGAUGAAGAAGAGCUGCACAUGGGUAAUUCUCUUGGAAAUUUAAUAUUAUGUUCAAAAAACUUAAAUUUAAUUGAGAAAAAGUUAAAUGAAAACAACAUAGAAGUUAUCAAAAAUGAUAAAGGGGAAAUCUUGGUAAAAGACCUAGACGGAUAUAAUGUUUACUUAAAAGACAAAUAA